AUGAUUUUCUACCAUUCAGUGAUUGCGGAGGAAAAUCCCAUUGACUACGGAGAACAGGCCAACACCGAUGCCGUCCAACUGAGAGUAUAUAACCUCGUGUUACCCAUCGGCACUAUAAUGGAUGCGGCAGAGAAACGGUACAAAAAGCAGGGCCUGACUGUACCCAUCAAAUUGUAUGAUGACGUCAAGGAGUUUGCGAUAACAACUAUUCCCUGGAUUUUUGAACAGUUUAAAGCCGUAACCAAUGAGAGUAUAAAGGAAUUUAUGACUGCUGAAUUCCCGAAAUUGUACAAGGCCAUUGAUAAAAUACCAUUUGAAGAGGCUAAACAAGCCAACCUUCAAGUCCUGAUCCAGGAUCUCUCACACGCCGUGAUCCCACCUCUAUAA